CUCAACGGUCGACCAUUGUGUAACACUGGUCCUCCUAUCACUCUUUACAAUAAAGUCUUUAGCAAAUUCCUUGAUGAUUUUAGUAAUGUAAACCUAAAAAUACCUUCCGAUUUUUUGAGUUGGACCGAAGAACUUAUUCUUGCAGCAACGAAUGGCUAUGGUGAUGAGGAGGAGCGUAAUGAAGCUAUAAGAGGGAAAUUUUCAGAGAAAUUUAGCACAAUGUUGUUAAUUGAGUACGGGAAAAAAAAGCAAAAGUGCAAGAGUGAUGGGAUGAUUGUAACUGAAGUAAACCUAAUAAACGCUUACUUAGGGAUAUUGGAAGGGAAAAAUGAGAUUGGAACGGCUAAAAAUGAUCCCACAAUCCAAGGAGCGAUAUAUUAUAGAGACUACUGGUCCCAGAGUAAUGUUGACCAAAUCCGAGAUUUUUGUUGCGUGCCAACUUUCAUUAUCGGUAUGGUUGGUCCGUGGUUUUGUAUUCUCGGGGGUGUCUUUCUUAGUAGAGUAGUCAUUCAACCAUUGACGGAUUUCAUUCCUCUCACAAUAAAUUUACGAGUUUCUGAUCAAGUGAAACGAAUUUCUCGACUUUUUUAUUCGCUAUUACUUGCAAUUAAAGAGCUCAGAGAAUUUUACCACAAUCUGAAACAGGAGGAGACUGAGACCGAACAGAGAUUUUUUCCUUGUAUUCGACAUUAUAAAAUUGGAGAAAUUGUUCAUCACUUCACCUACUUAUGCGGACUGUUGGAUGAUCAUACAAGAACUAUCUGGAAGGCUAAAAGAGCAGAUGGAAAAUUGAUUGUUGUAAAAUUUGCUUCCAAAUAUAAUAUUCAAGGGCACAAUAUCUGUGCAGAACAUAAUCUCGCGCCACAAUUGCUAUAUUCCAGUGAUGAUGAAGAAGUAAAGGCUCUUGGUGGAUUUAAGAUGGUUAUCAUGGAAUAUAUU